AGGAGCUCCUUGUGUUGCCUGGAGCUGACCCUCGGGGCGGCUCCUGAUUGGCUGACGUUGACCCCGCGCCGACCCUCUCCAUAGAUACCGAGUCCUACCGACCGGCCGCCAUUUUGAAGCCAGUGGCUGUGACCGGAGCCUUGUGGCCGGAGGCGGCGGCUGCUGCUGCUGGGCAGCGGGAGGAGGAACUCACCGAGCGGACAAAGCGAAGCCGGCUGACAGAGCACCGAGCCUUGGUCUUGUUCAAGCGGUCUUAAACUUUGUUCGCGUUCUCUCUGUCCGGCCGGCCGCCCGCCUGCCCGCCGUGCUUUUGUGAUCGCCGCCGGGAUGAGUGACUCGGAGAAUAGGACGGACGGCGUCGAGCUGAAGAAGGAGGGCGGCAGCGUGCUCAACAGGAUGAAGAGCAGGAAAAACCCGGAGCCCGAGGGUCUGACCCCCAUCACCGAGGCCGAGCUGCUGCAGCAGGACUCCAUCAACCCUUUCAAUGUGUUGUGUCUGCAGAGCGCCACCGAGACUUACUUGUGCAAACCUGAAGACAACAUUUACAACAUCGACUUUACACGAUUUAAGAUUCGCGACAUGGAAUCUGGCACUGUUUUGUUUGAGAUUGCCAAACCACCAGCGUCAGAGCAAGAGGAUGAUAUUGAUGAUGAGAAUGGUGAAAUGGAUUCCAGCUCAGGACGUUUUGUUCGUUAUCAGUUUACUCCUGCCUUUUUGAGACUGAGAACAGUUGGUGCAACGGUGGAAUUUACAGUUGGAGACAAGCCCAUAAACAACUUCAGGAUGAUUGAAAGACAUUACUUCAGGGAGCGGUUGCUGAAAAGCUUCGAUUUUGAUUUUGGAUUCUGUAUUCCAAACAGCAGAAAUACAUGCGAGCAUAUAUAUGAAUUCCCACAACUUUCUGAAGACACCAUUCAAGAGAUGGUGGACAAUCCUUAUGAUACACGGUCUGACAGUUUUUACUUUGUGGACAGCAAGCUGAUUAUGCACAACAAGGCAGAUUACGCAUAUAAUGGAGGACAGUAGUGGAACUGUUUAAAAUGAAUAUAUUUCAGCAAUGAUUCAGCUCAUUCAGUCUAAGCCUGCAUUGAUGAUGAAGAGGGUGGCUUUUGGCUGUGAAUUAUCUUUUAUCAUUUCUAUGCAUUCUGCACUAGAGGAGAAAAAUUUAGUUAUGCUUACUAAUGGCAGAAGUGAUUGAGAUGGGGUUUGAAAUUCCACCCACAUUCCUAUAUGUAAGGUGAAUGCCUAGCUGUGAUGAAAGAUUCCUCAUAAUGAAAGGACCAAUUUAUAUUUAUAAUCAAAUAUUCAUUGUGUGUUCAUAUGGCCUUGCACUAUGUUUAGGAAUAGGUGGAAGACACUAGAGGUAAUUUAUUUAGAGGACCAAAUCAUUCCCAUUUAUGCAAAAAUAAUUAUUGCGCCUAGCUAACUUACUUUCUGUUACAAUGCACAUAAAACAAUCCAUUCACUUGGUGACCAAAGUGCAGGACUUCACAUCUUAAAUGGAGCAAUAUCCAAGACUUAACUUGAAAAUAUACAAAGAAUGUUAGAUAUUUAUCUAUAGCUAUAGCUUAAUAGGUCUUAAAAGAUUCGAUAUUAAAACGGAAUGGAAGCUGUUCACAAAACAUGGUAGUGCUUGCGUCCGCAUCAUCCAUGGCAUAUCAGACAAAAGAUUUUGGCCACGUGUGUUUUUCUGUCAUAUGAAUUAGUAGUUGUGACUGACAAAAUGAGCUCAUCUUAUGGUGCUUAGUUUGACAGCAGUUUAGUUUUCUUUUGGUUUUGAGUACUCUUUUAUGUAGAAAUUAUUGUAAACCCUCAAAGGUUCCUUAGUUCAUUUAGUUUCUCUGUAUUCUCCAUCUGUUGCUAAUCUUUGUCCAGCAAAAUGUGUAGUACUUCCAAAGUUGUACUAUUUAAAAGUUGACCUCUCAAUCCAAAGACCACCUUCCACGUUCUGUAUCAGAAACUGAAUGGUAAGAUAUUUAUUAAAAGCAUUUAUUCCUUUUUAACUUG